AUGUCUGGCUUAGAAUUUGGAGAAGAUGCUUGGGGUACCAUAGACAAACUUUACCCUUCAGAUUGGCGUAAGACUCCAGGUUUACCUGAGCUCAGCGCAAGAGAACAGCUUCAAUCUUAUUUAGAAAGAACCACAGAGGAACGGAAGAACUCUGGCCCAUUCUUUUGUGGUUUGCAUCCUUCUGAGAAUGAACUACCUGGUGCAGAUGCCUUGAAAAAAAUGAACACAAUGUUGCAGUCAGAACCAGAGGCUUGGCCCAGUCAUAUCCAUGAUGUAUUCAAGACCCAAUUAUCACAUCACAUGGUAAACUUCUGGAUAUUCAUGACAGAAAUUGCAAAUUUUAUGCCAACACCAGUUCUACAAAAGACUUUGGUUGAAGUUAUAAUAGAAAAAGACAGAUUGUGGUCACCACCAGCUGAAGAAGAGAGUCCAAGGAUAGCAGCAAUAUUGUAUGAUUUACAGAUCAGCUAUGAAGAUAAAAUGAGAGAGCAUGUCCAAUUACUCAACAAUAAAGACAUUUAUGAUACUGCUCCCAGGAAGCCCCAGGAAGUAGUGGAUGUAUUUGCAGAAGUGGUGGAUGUCUUCUCAAGACAUGAGCAAGAGAGAAUGGGAGAGUAUGGUAUCCGCCUUGCAAAAGAGUGGUCAUCUGGUGAGCAGGUGGAGCUGUAUAAACACUGGGCUUCUCGUGAGUAA